AUGUUAAAAAUAUUAAACCAAAAUAUAUCUGACGAAAACAUGUUGGAAGAUUCACAAAAAGAAAGUGUUACCCAGAACGCCAGAAAAGAAGUCUGCCCCGAGAAGUUUAUGGGAAAAUUAUUAAACUACGGUUACCCUUUGUUCCGAAAAGGAUUCGAACGCAUCGAUUGCAAAGAGUUCGUCCCAAUAGAAAAACUUGUAACAAUCGUAGCGAUUCUACCAAAAGAGUUGGGGAAACCUGCACAAAGUUAUUUUGAAAUCCUACAAGGUGUAGCAAAAUAUUACCCUGGAAUGCGGGUAAUAUUAGCAACGCAAAAAGAUUUGGAACCGUCGGUGAAAUCUGAAAUAUCCAAAUUGAAAAUUGGUUUUGAGAAUCACAUUAUCGACAACGCAGGCCAAGGUGCUUUGCUAAUAGAGCUAGUAGGCAAAGUGUCCACUCCUUAUGUGUUAAUAGCAUCGAAUAUAACCCAUUUUGAUGAUGAUAUUAACCUAGAGCGCAUGGUUCGUGUGCUAAGUUACGAACCUCGAGUUACAUUUGUUGGUGGUGCUCACCGUAAUUUGAGGGGAGAGUGGGACAUAGGUUGUCAACAGAUGGCCUUUAAGAAUAUGACCGCAACGUACAUGGGAGGAUAUUAUAGGUCAUUUAAUGAAUGUGUCGUAUGCGACUAUUUAUCUGGAUCGAUUAUGACAAGGAGUGAGACGUUCAAGGAACUACAAUUUGACGCCAGGUAAAUUUCAGUAUAUAUACACACGCACACGCAAACGUGGAUGAAAAUAGGCAAAUUAAAAUAAACAAAAUCCCCUCUCCCAGAACAAUUUCGGCUGUAUGUGUAGAGAGCACCAUAGGCGGUUUUUAUUCCGGAGAGGAGAGGGGAGGGGUUAUUAACAGAGUUUAAAACUUGUUAGUUAUGCUGGGUUUUUACUAGUUUUCCCCAGGGAUAUAGAUAGCCAGAUAGGAUCUCUCCUGUGCUAGCCAUGUGAUUGCCCUAACUGGACAUGUGAUGAGGAGAACAAUUAAGAACUGAUAUAGCUAUUCAGUUAAGUUAAGUUAAGUUAAGUUAAGUUAAGUUAAGUUAAGUUAGUUAAAUUUAAUUUCUCGUUUGUAUCAAACGAUGGCCCUUAAUACUGGACUUCAAAAGAGACAUGCUAGAACAGAUAGAGCUAUCCAGAAUGAAGAUAGUUUAGUUCAGGUUUCCUCCUGCAUGUAGUAAGACAGAUCAAUAAGAGAUGCUCCUUACUGGACUUCUAUCCAGUAUGAAGAAAGUUAGUUUAGUAUACGUUUCCCUCUGUAGUAAUUUUCGACCGGAAAGAAAUGACGACCCCUGCUAUGCGAAAAACAGUUUAGAAUUAAUAGAACCAUGCGUAACAUCACAAACAUCAUAUUCACCUGAGUACAUAACACCAACACACACAAAAAUGGAACUAGUUUAAGGUAUACUUCUUGUAGUAACACUAGAUCAUUAAUGAGUGGUCUUACUGUUAUUGGAUCUUUAAAUAGAGCUAUGUUCAGUGUAAACUGCGAUUAUGUUUUUUAUAUUAUAUUUUGUUUAGUUCAGUAAAACCAUAAAAGUAAACCUAACCAUGCAACCAUUGUUCACGUCUUUUAGCAUGAAGUACGGCGCCUUUCACGAUUUAUUUUGGCGCUUCAGGAAGGAAAUGCCUGAGAACAUCGCAGCAUCGUGUCCGGAUGUUAUGUUUAACAUUUACAGUCGUGAAAUUGACGAUGUCGAACUGGUAGCAUUCGCAAACAAACAUCUGAUUCACAGGAUUAUCGACCCUGAUGGCAGAGUGCGUUGGUAUGGUUGCCGUAAGGGGUAUUCUUACACUUCUGCCGGGUUGUGUAAAAAGGUCUCGGGAAUGGGCCUGUCUCCGGCAGAAAUGGAAAACCUGGCCGAUGUGAUCAAAUUUUUCAUGCGAGCAUGCCAUGCUUCUGGUGCGUUUUGCGAGUUCCAGUCUGGAACGAUGAUGGGUGAGUCUCAUUUUUUCUAUCGUUUAUAUCCAACUUUAUGAGAUACCAUAUUUUCCGAAUAAUGAUAUCUUGUGGAGUCGACUGUCUGAACUGUUGAAAACAAGACAAAAUUCAAGGUGAUAUUUGGACUCUAUUUCAAAGUCAUUGACACUGGUAAAAGAUUUCACUCAGCUUUAGUACAAGACUUAUCUUGGAUCUUGCCCUCCACCUUUUCGUGUCCAUAGUUUACAUCCACUUUUAGACGCUUGAUAUUUCGAUUUUUCACACAUGCCAUCCAUUUCUUCAGUCUUCCCCCCACUUCCCUCUGUUUCGAUCCCUUUUUGGUCACUUCCAUAAUCUCCUUGUCCGAUUCGUCACCAUCUCCUCUUAUGACGUGUCCAUACCAUCUCAGCCUUGCUUCCCCUACAUUUUUUGCAAUGUCUACCACCGCACUUCUUCUGAUCUCUUCAUUCCAUAAUAUCUCCGACCAGCUGUCUUUCAUUCUUCUUAUUACAUGUCCACACCAUCUCAGCUUUGCUUCCCUCACCUUCUCUGCAAUGUCUACCACCCCGCAUCUUCAUCUAAUCUCUUCACUCCAUAAUGUCUCUGAUCAGCUCUCUUUCAUCUCUUCUUAUUACAUGUCCCCACCAUCUCAGCCUUGCUUCCCUCACCUUCCCUACAAUGUCUACCACCGCACAUGUAUUCAUGAAUUCCUCAUCUGGCUUGGCCUCUAAGGAAAUGAUUUCAUAAGUGAUACAGCCAAACCCACCGUUGUAUAUCAGCGAAAAUGUUGGUAUUUAGUGAGAAAAAUGAAUGAUCAAACAUAAAAAACCCUUUAUAGGCAUGGUUUUUCUUUGUUUUUUCGACAUGAAUUAUUGAGUAUUACUUUUAUAUGUCACAUACAAAGCAAAUUUACUGUAAAUUUCUCGAAAAGGAAGCAAGCAUUAAUUUUAAUCUUUUUCUGACACUUCCCAAAGGUGCUGUAAAGUUUAACGGUGUUCUACCUUGGGACAUUGACGGCGACAUUGUUUUCCUCGCAAAAAAUUUCUCUGUUAUUGAAAAACUCAAGAGCAAAAUUGAAAAAGCUGGUUACACUUUAAGCGUAGGCUAUGGUGUGAAAGAUGGCCGCACAGGAUAUUUUGCUCUCAAAACGACAAACUGGAAAGUCGACUUGUGGGGUUUUACCGAAUUUGGAAGUCACAUGGAUGUAGCUAAAGGGGUCAUACCAACGAAAGUUAUGUUUUCGGGUCAGUGGGUGAACCAUCCUCAUAACCCUGGACUCUUUGCAAGGAAUCGCUACGGAAAUGGAAUAUACAGACAUCAAGAACAUUGGCGAAGACAUAAACAUAGUAGUGCAUGGAUUUUGUAUAAUCCCGGAAGUUUUCUAGAGUGUCCCGAACCAGGCCAUUCAUCGUGUCUUGAUCAGUACCCAGCGGAUGGUAACAUGCAGUUUAGUGAUUAUUGUCCCUCAUAAUAAUUCGUGAUAGGCACCAUUAGACAGAUUGGUUUUAUUAAGACAAUUAACAUAUUGCAGUUUGUAAAAACUGUGUGGACAACAGUCCCGGAUCUAAUGUCUCCACGGCGUAUGCGGAUAUGCAUAAGGCUAGGGCCCUGCUGUUUCAGAGGCCGCGCAUUUUGUACUUAGUUUUUCAAAAAAGGGCAAAUAAUAAAAGCAUUUAUUUAAAAC